AUGUCAUCCACCCGCCUUCCUCCUGUUUCUCCCAAAGACCUAUCCCCAGCACAGAAGUCCCUCUACGACAAGAUUCAGCGGAUCAUCGGCGACAGAUUCAGCACCGUCGUGAGCCACACAGCUGAAGGGGCUCUUCUCGGACCCUGGAAUCCCCUAAUCCACCAUUCGACUAUUGGCAAGGCACUGAUACCUCUCACUCAAACCCUCCUCGCCCGGCCGGGCCAUUUGUCUCGUCCCGUGCGAGAAGUCGCCAUCCUGGCCGUCGCCGCCCACUAUCGAGCUGCUUAUGAGAUCUAUGCCCACACCCUCUUGGCUACGCCGCUUCUAGGAAUCGACACGGUGGCGGCUACUCUCAAUGGUCGAGUCCUGCCCAAACUAGACUCGGACGCUUCAUGCGCCUUGAAGGUGACUCGCUCGCUUCUUGCGGGUGGGCCACUGCCGGACCCUCUCUGGGAUAGGGCUGUCAAGGAGUUUGGGGUGGAAGGGGCGCAGGAACUUGUCUUCCUGGUGGGCUAUUACUGUCUGGUCUCCGUGGGGUUGAACGGGUUUGGGGUGCAGGUGCCUUCUACACGUUCAGCGAAAUUGUGA